CAGCAAGAAAACACACACGAGCCUGGACGACUUGCACUGAGCUCUGGAAACCAUGAGAACGAAGUGCAGAAACCUCGGAGAUGCGAGGUUGAAAUCACUUUUUAUUGGAUACUGCCUUGCAUUUAACACUUUUUCCAUACGCGUCCGCGGCCAAGAGGGUGAUGGCUGUGGACAUACACUGCUGGGCACAGAGUCUGGCACCUUGGCCUCACAGAACUACCCGAACACGUAUCCCAGUAACACCUGGUGCAAGUGGAAGCUUCGUGUCCCAGAAGGCCGCACACUGCGACUUCUUUUUGGGGAUUUUGACAUCGAAAGCAGCUCCGGUUGCAGCAACGGCUCUCUGGUGAUCACAGAUAAAAAUGGGCAUCCCAGCCUAGGUCCGGUGUGUGGGCGGCUUAAUGCGUCGCAAAAGAAUAUGACACUCGCUAGCAACGAAGUGACAAUAACCUUCAAGUCGCGGACGCAUCGGUCUGGGCGGGGGUUUCUACUGUCCUACGCCACAGGCCUCUAUCCAGAUAUUAUCUCUUGUUUACAACGAGGGUCUCAUUUUAGCUCACCGCAUUUGAGUGUUUACUGCCCAGCCGGGUGCAAAAACGUGACGGGAGACGUUUGGGGAAGUUCCGACCAGGGCUACAGAGAUACGUCGGUGCUGUGCAAGUCUGCCGUGCACGCCGGAGCAAUGUCCGACAGUCUCGGAGGCCGCGUGAGCGUGAGCCGUGGGAGGAGCCUCACGCUCUACGAGUCCACUUUUUCCAAUGGGAUCCUUUCUAAAAUGGGGUCAUUAUCUGAAAAGAAGCUGGUGUUCACUCAAGAAUGCAACAACAUCCUGGCGGUGCACGGUUUAAACGCCUCAUCUUUUGGAGACAAAGAGAGCCGAGAGCACAAGAUGUCCUGGUCCACCAGAAGCGUGCAUUCUGAACACGAGGGCCUCGUCUGGACCGCACAGCGGAAUGAUCCGUCGCCCUGGGUGGAGUUUGGACUCCCUGACAAAAGCUCUAUAACAGGUGUGAUCACAACCGGAUCUAGCGAGAACCACAUCAAAUCCUACGUCCUCGUUUUUAGCAGAGACAGAAAGAACUGGAAAGUUUACAAAGAUGCUGUCAGCAAAGACGAAAAGGUGUUUGAGUCCUAUGCGGACGGUCACCUGAGGGUGGUAAACAGCCUUUUUCCUCCCGCCGUGGCUCGCUUCAUCCGCGUGCGGCCUCGGAGCUGGGGCGGCCGAGCCUCAGCUCGGCUCCAAAUCCUGGGCUGCCCCUUCAAGGUCACGCCGAGGUCUCGCUCACCUGAAGAAUCUCUGCCUGGCAAAUCUAAUGCAGUGACUCCAAACACAUCGCCCGCUCCCACAGAGGGCCCCGUUUUAGUGGAGUCCAGGCAGAGAUCCAGCCAACCAGUCAUCAUCGCAGUGGGACUGGUCCUGGGACUCAUCAUGUGCUUCGGUUGUUUGUUGGCUGGAAUCUGGUGGAAGAGAAGGAAAAAGGCUUCCCAAAUGAAGUACUCCGUGCCAACAACAGGUUGCCAGAGUUUCCAGGUGAAGACUCUCCCGUGUCCUCCCUCAGAGCUCAUCUCGUACCCUCUGGAGCGACAUAUCCACGACGACCUCCCGACCCCCACUCUCAAUGACUAUGCGCAGCCCGCCAUUGGACAGAAGGUGGGCUCUACAUUUCGGCCCGGCUCAAACGAGGGCUACACGGUCCCGUUUAUGUUCAACCACUACGACUCCCCUGGCAACCUGCCAGAGUAUGCAGAGCCGCUUCCGCCAGAGCCCGAAUACGCCACCCCGUUCGGCGAGCAGGAACCUUCCCCCUCAGCGGGGGGGCCUCACGGCAACACGCGCGGGCCCCCCAGUAGCUACGACUGCCCCUCCCACAGGAUGCUCGACAACGGCUACUGCACUCCCGCCCUCCACGCCAACGCACCACGACCUCCCAGCGCCGUCUACGCCGAGCCAAAAUCAUCAUGUUACUCUUUACUGCAGAGGUACGAGGAACCUUUGUGAGAGGAACUCUCAAGAACCGGGAUGGACUGGGUUGUCCAAAGUGGACCAAAGCUGACACAGCGGAAUCUCCAAUGACGCAAGUCCCCAAAGUGGAGCUUGACGUGGGAGCCGUAACACACUGCUGUGUAUCUGAAAGGAGAACAAUGUGUAAAUACACUGUUGCACAAAGACAAUAUGACCAUAUUUCAUGUAU